AUGUCUGCAGUGCAACAAUUUCUUCUCACUGUCGAGCACAAUGAUGACAAAGCAAGUGAAAUAGCUAGAGACUCUGCGAAAGCUCUCGAAAGCAGGAAGACAACGCUGAUUGAAUUUGUCCAGUCAUUGGGAGAAUACAUCAAUGAUGAAGAGACCACGAAGAGGGCUAGAACAAUUGAUUACCUUACGCGCGUUAUCGGCGAACUUUCCCCUAAAUACCUCUCAAGACAGCAGACACAAGUCCUGUGCCAGUUCCUGUGCGAUCGAAUUGAAGAUGGAGGAGCCGUCGGAGGGCUCAAAUCGCUACAUCUAACGGAGCGGUUUAACGGUGGUAUGGCAGUCUUGACGUUCAGAGCGAUCAAUGAACACUUUCAAGAUUUGCAAUUACGACCACAGCUGCAAAGAUUACAAGUUCUUGAUCUUCUGAGCGGGUUGCUGUUAAGAUAUCGCAAAGAUGUAGAAAAGUUGGGUGAUGAAGCCAUCGUUGGCAUAACAGAUCUAGUAUCUGGUGAAAAAGACCCCAGGAACCUUAUGGUGGUUUUCUCCAUCCUCAAAGUUAUCAUGGUAGAAUGGGAUAUAGCUGGACAUGCGGAGACAUUGUUCGAUUCAGUAUUCUGCUACUUUCCGAUUACGUUCAGACCUCCACCAGGUGACCCGUACGGAAUCACCGCGCAAGAUCUGAAAACCCGCCUUCGAGACUGCAUUGCAGCUUCUGGGUAUUUCGCUCCUUACGCAUUUCCUCAGCUUUUAGACAAGCUUGACUCGACAUCCCCAAAUGUUAAGAAAGAUAUCUUGCAGACGAUUGCGGCUUGUGCAUCAUCAUAUGGUCUCACUACCAUUUCUAAUUACUCUGUCACAUUGUGGGAUUCGUUGAAAUAUGAAAUCUUGAAUGUGCAAGAGGAAAUACUGGCAGAAGAAUCUUUAAGAGCUCUGCAAUCGAUAGCGGUUCGGCUUGGUCGAGAUCUGGAGUCGACAGAUCCAAAGACUCCAUUAGCGACAUUCAUUCGGCCAAUUACAAAAGAGUGUAACGAGCAGCUACAGGAACCGCAGCACAAGCAAGCGAAGCCCGCAGGCCAGAUUUUAAGUGCGAUAAGUAUCGCAUCUCCGCAUGCCUUCCAUCUCGUAGCAAGAUCAGUUUUUCCAUCUCUUUCGACAUUGUACCAAGAUGCCGAGAUAGUACCGAAGCAGAGAGCUCUUCUAGAGGUUCUUGUCCAACUUCUUGACUCGUCCAUUACCGUUUACGGCACGUUGGCGAUUUUAGCACCCGAGACGAACUUGGAAAAUCCCCUGACACCUUUCAAGGACCGUCUAUUUGAAUUGACAAGUCAAGCAUUGAUGGCCGCAUCCAGAGAAGAGAUCUCGUUUCGCGUGGUCGCGCUCAAAGCCCUAUUGCGACUCUGCAUACUCCGUAAAUAUCUGCAGGAGAACGAAAUCGGAAUGGUUGUUCAAUAUCUCAAUGAGAUCAUACUUGACGAAGACUCAACUGGACGGGAUGACCUCAAGCAAGAAGCCGUACGAGCUUUAGUUGAAAUAUCUCGACUGCAUCCCCAGUUGAUUAUGAAUAUUACAUUUCCAGCGUUCAUGGCAAGACUUCCAGAUUCUAGUCCUCCACUCGAUCAUGACUAUUUGAUUACUCUCGAAGGCCUGGCGCAACUGAGUGUCGACAGAUUUGUGGCAGACACGCUCAUCCGUCGUCUCCUCAAUCGAUUAGACUCAGUGCUUGACAAAGCUGGUGCGCCCAGCUAUCCUCAAGCUAUACUGUCCACACUUCAUUAUGUUUUGUCUCGGCGAGAUCUUUCUUCUGAUAUCAACCUUCAAUUUUACCUCGAGAACAUUGUGGUUGCUCUAACGACGCGAGCGGUGCAUGCUGCCUCAGGGAAAACUCGAUCGGCCGCAUUGAGCGAACUACCGGUGCUGGAAACAUUGGGUAGACUGAUUGUUAUUGUCGUACGCGCCCUAGACCGACACAAACAGCAGUCAGUAGCACUUCAAUGCUACACACUAUUCAUCGAAGACGGAACCUUCCAACCUGUUCUUUUCAGACAUGGCGCAUCAAGCAAUGAAAUGUCUACAAUGAUUCUUUCUACAGCUAUCAUGGCUGGUGUAGCUCAAGAUGCGAAGCCUCAAUUCACAGAUGAUAGCCAAACCUCGGCAGGGGAUCUACUCUCAGAGCUCGUCCGAAUGGCUACAGCUGAAGAAGUUCCAGCCAUACGACAAGCGAUCUUGAGACAAACGUUUCUGAUAGCUAACAAGUUUAUGACAUCGAAAGCCAUUGAGUGCACGACAUGGAUAAUAGAAAACCUCGUUUCCGGCCUCGUGAAUAACACCACAUCGUUGGAAAAUAAAAUCCGAGCACUCUUUUGGAUAUCGAAAGCACUUAUCCUUCGAUCUUAUAAAAUCGACGAAAGCCUAGAGCGAUUGCUUACCCUUCUGUCUGAUAACAUUCAUGGAUCAGCCGUUGCACAAGGCUUCAGCCUCCUACUCUCGCCGGAUGAAAUGGCAUCAAAAGAAAAUGGAGCGACGAUGAGAUUACUUGCGCGGCAGAAAGUUUUCAGCAUUUGCGUCCCCAAAAUUGCAGAGGCUUUCCGACAUGCAGAGAGCUUCACAAAGCCAAAUUUUCUGAUUGCUAUAUCAGGAAUUCUGAAAUACAUGCCCACCGAAGUAACCAUGCAAGGCAUGGAUACUCUGCUACCGCUUCUACUGCAAAGUCUUCAGCUCGAAGAACCCGAUGUUAAAGCAGCAACAAUCCAGACAUUGACGAUUGUUAGUCAAGAGAGUCCUGCGACUAUCGAGACGCAUAUUAGCACGAUGGUCACGCAAUUGUUACGAGCGACUGCAGAUCCGCAGAGAAAUAAUCAGAGCGUGAGACUCAAUGCGCUUCGUUGUUUGGAAUCCUUUCCGGGUAAGAUAAAAGAUAGCACUCUUCUUCCCUACAAGAGCAAAGUAAUAAGGGGUUUGAUCAAUAGUUUAGAUGACCCGAAAAGGGAUGUCAGGAAAGAAGCGGUCGAUUGCAGAGCUGUUUGGUCAAACAUGGAUGAACCCGAUAGUGACUGA